UCUGGUGUAGUUAAUUGCAUAUUUAUUUAAACGUUUUCAUCGACUUCCGCGGGGCCACUAUAAUGUGAUGGCCCACGCUUGAUUACCAAUCAUCGUGUGUGUUUGUUUGCGCGAUGAGAAGAAAUUAAAGAAAAUCAUGACAUCCUGUUAACUCAAUAAUUCGCAUAACAGAUUUUAAUUUGAAAAGGGAUGACUGUAAAUCUACCAACAAUGCCUGUCAGAAAAUAUAGAAGGGAGACCACUGAAGUCAGUGGUUGUUUAAAGUAUAUGAUUUUCGGAUUUAAUGUCCUUUUUUGGUUAUUGGGCCUCUGCAUUUUAACUGUGGGUGUGUGGGCAUGGAGUGAAAAGGACAUUUUCAACAACCUAGGAAAAGUCGCAAAUAUUGCUCUUGAUCCUGCAUUUAUACUCAUCUGUAUUGGCACUUUAACUUUCAUAAUUGGAUUCACAGGAUGUGUUGGAGCUCUAAGAGAAAAUACAUGCCUUUUAGCAACAUAUGCUAUAAUUUUGUCAAUACUGUUACUAUUUGAAAUGACUGCAGGAAUAUUGGGUUUUAUUUUUAAAGAUUGGAUAAAGUCUCAAGCAACAAUAGGUUUUCAGACCUUCAUAAUUCAUUAUAGAGAAGACCCUGAUCAACAAAAUUUAAUUGACUGGAUUCAAGAGGACUGGCUCCAAUGCUGUGGCAUUGAAGGACCAAAAGAUUGGGACCGAAAUAACUAUUUUAACUGCUCAUCAAGGGAUGUUGGAAGUAGAGAGGCAUGUGGUGUGCCUUUCUCCUGUUGCAAACGCAAAGCGAACGAGAUCAUCAAAAACAAACAAUGCGGAUACGACGUUAGAAAACCCGGCUUUCCAGGAGAGCGUCAUAUUUUUGAACGCGGUUGUUUACGAGCUGGUGAAGAAUGGAUUGAAACGAAUUUAGUGUCUGUCGCGGCUGUUAAAGUGGGAAUCAUGGUGCUGCAGAAUUUUGAUGUGUCAAAAAUAAUAAAUGAGCAGGGUUGUUUAGAGGCAGCAGAGGAUUGGAUUGAAAAGAACAUGUUAUCAAUUGCUUCUUAUACAUUUAUUCUUUUAUUCUUUCAAAUAUUGGGCAUCUGUUUUGCGCAGAACCUACGCGCCGACAUCUUUGCGCAGAAGGCCAAGUGGCACUGACAAUUGCGGACUCCCACCGCUGUGUAGUACAGUUUGCCCUGUCGCAUAGCGUGGGAGGCUCCCUCCUUCAAUCAGCUGGACUUCGACCCCGUUUAAAUACGUCUGUUGAAUUCGGCAAAACUUUGUCCACAUCGUAUCCUUUCUAAACGGUGGAUGCGGUCAAGGUUCGGUUGGGGUAUCUUGUCAGUUGUGUACUAAUAAUGUUUUAUGCGUUCAUUAAUACCAAAUAACGGGACCGUACUGAGAAAGGACAUACAACAUUUGACUUGCGAGUGUAUGUCGUUUCUGUUAAACUCGAGUGUAAAAUACUGAUUGUAAAAUUGUUUCCAAUAUCAGUGUGGCGUUACACCGCUGCUCAAACUAAUUUAUUAACAAUUUAAUUUGAAUUGAUUUAUUAAUUAUUUAAUAAUAGGAAAAAUUAAAUUU